AACAAUGUUCAUUCCCCCUCCACCCUGUCAGUGUGCGAAAACAUUCGGUUCCCUCCAUAACCAUAACCAUAACCAUAAUAUUGAUUUUAGAUUUCAGCAAGUAUUUAUAAGAGAAAUAUUUUUGAUUGGUCAUACCAUGUCGAUCGGAGUUCCUAUCAAAGUGCUUCACGAAGCGGAAGGCCACAUUAUAACCUGCGAGACAAACACCGGUGAGGUUUAUCGCGGUAAACUGAUAGAGGCGGAGGAUAAUAUGAAUUGUCAGAUGCAGAAUAUCACAGUGACAUAUCGGGACGGCCAAGUAGGACAGCUGGAAAAUGUAUAUAUUCGCGGCUCGAAAAUCAGAUUUCUCAUAUUACCGGAUAUGCUGAAAAAUGCGCCCAUGUUUAAACGGCCGGGUGGCAAGGGUUCGGGCACCGCCGGUAGAGGAAAGUCCGCUAUAUUGCGUGCUCAAGCUCGUGGUAGAGGAAGGGGACAGAAUCAAAGAGGCAAAGGUACUGGUUCGGCACCAUGGCUUAAUCAACAAAAUCAACCAGGAGGAUCUCAAACUGGCAGAGGCAGAGGAUAAUAAAAUUACCAUGGGAUAAUGAUUCCCAUAUUUUUGUAUCAUUUCUAGAUAAUACCUCUGAAUACAAAUUCAAAAUUACAUGCAUAUACAUUUUUGAUAUAUAUGUGAUAACUCUAAUAAAUUGGUUAUCAUAUUGCAA